AAUUCAUAUGCUUCCAGGGAAGUCCUGUUUUUGCGGUCGUUCUUUUCUUCUCCUCCUAUUCUUCUUCCAUUCUUUUUUUCUUUUGUUUUUCUAUAUCUUUUUCUGUUUUAUUUUUUUAGGGGUUGAGUGUUUUUCAGCUUUUCUUUUAUUUUCUUUAUUCACUAUAAUCUGAAACCUAUGAAGAUGCCAGUAAGUGGCGUUGCUGGUGCUGCUGGCAUUAUGCAAUGCAAUCAAAGUUAAUGGAGAAGGUAACUAUCUUCAAUGUGAUCAUAACCCGACGUCGCAACCGAGACCCCAUAGCGUUUCAAUAUUAGAAUUCGGUGCUGUUGGCGAUGGCAAAACUUUGAAUACCAUGGCCUUUCAAAAUGCCAUUUUCUAUCUCAAGUCUUUCGCCGACAAAGGUGGUGCUCAGCUCUACGUUCCACCAGGACGAUGGCUUACAGGAAGUUUCAAUCUCACUAGCCAUCUCACCCUUUUCCUUGAAAAAGGUGCUGUCAUUCUUGGAUCUCAGGAUCCAUCUCACUGGGAUAUUGUUGAACCAUUACCUUCGUAUGGUCGAGGAAUUGAACUUCCCGGAAGAAGAUACCGAAGUUUGGUAAAUGGAUAUAUGUUACGUGAUGUCGUAAUAACUGGUGACAAUGGAACCAUAGAUGGGCAGGGCUCAGUUUGGUGGGAAUGGUUCACGUCUCAUUCUUUAAAUUAUACUCGUCCUCACCUUGUGGAAUUUGUUUCAUCUAAAGAUGUACAUAUUUCGAACAUUACUUUCCUGAAUGCCCCUGCAUAUAAUAUCCAUCCGGUUUAUUGCAGCAAUGUACAUAUACAUAAUGUAUCAGUCUAUGCUCCACCAGGAUCACCGUAUACCGUCGGCAUAGUCCCAGAUUCUUCUGAUAAUGUUUGCAUUGAGGACUGCAACAUUAGUACAGGCCAUGAUGCGAUUGCCCUCAAGAGUGGUUGGGACGAAUAUGGCAUUGCCUAUGGCAGACCUACCACAAACGUCCAUAUCCGAUCAGUCCACCUUCAGUCGUCAACUGGCUCUUCCCUUGCCUUUGGUAGUGAAAUGUCUGGUGGCAUUUCCAAUGUCCAAGUGGAACAUGUCCACCUCUACAACUCAUUCACCGGUAUCCAGUUUAGAACAACAAAAGGUCGAGGUGGUUACCUUAGAGAGAUCAUCAUAUCAGACGCCAACAUGCUAAACAUUAACACGGCGUUCAGUGCUAUCGGUGAUUACGGGUCUCAUCCGGAUGACAAAUUCAAUCCCGAUGCUUUCCCAUCCCUUGAGAAAAUUACCUUGCAUGAUAUCAUCGGUAAAAACAUCAUAAUGGCCGGUAAUUUCUCAGGGAUCCAACAAGCACCCUUUACAUCCAUGUGUUUAUUCAACAUCUCCUUAUCAAUGAGUUCGGCCUUUUCAUCUUGUUGGUCAUGUUCCAACGUUUCGGGUUAUUCUGAAUUGGUUUUUCCCCAACCAUGCGCCGACCUUAAGAAUUCAAACGCUUCUUCGUGCUUUUCCAUCCUAAUGAGGCCGAAUGGUAGAGGUGGUACAGGUGCGAUCUUAUAAAACAAUUUCUAAGAAGAAAAACAAAAUAAAUUCGGAAAAUUUUACCGGUUUACAAAAUAGGUCAGAUUCUUUCCAAUAAGAUACAUCUAGAAUACCUGUUUGUUCAUCCCUUUGAGUUGCAAUGUCUUGCAUUUGUUUUGUACAGUUUCAUUUAUUCAUUCUUGUGUAAACAAAAUUUUGUCAUUUGGUGAGUAAAAAAAAACAAAAAAAAGGGGGUUUUGGGUAUUUUUAGUAUUGAGGACACUUAAUUUUGUUUUAAUUUAAUUUUGGUCCAGCUACAUUAGUUAAAAAGAGAUUCAAAA